CACACUACUCAAUCAAAAUAGAAAACUAAGAAAUUCUCCGUUCGUUUAGACUCGAUCCUGCUUUCAGGCUCGCCUACGACUAAAGAACUGUGUGUUCGAACGCAGCUGUUUAGCCCGUGUGUAGCGACUGAGCCAGAGGAUCAGUCCAAAGAACUUUUUCGUCCAUUCUAACAGUGCCUUCAGCUGUUCAAGAUGACUUGUCCCUGCGGUGUCAUUUCCUAUAGGCUGACCUAUGGCCCCGUUGGUCCAGCGCUGCCCGCCAUGUCCUAUUGUGGCUCUUGUCCCUGUGCGCCGUGCGGUCCUUGGACGUGUCCGCCCAACAAUUGUAAAUGCUGUUGCGAGAGCGGCUGCUUUGGACCGUACUACUAGUGCCGCAUAGUGAGUGAUAAUGGCCGGAGGAGCCAAGAAGUUUGAAAAGACUGUCGUGUGCUGACAAAACAAGAGAGCGGAGAAUUUUUUAUCGGAAUAUGAAACCACAUAUCGUUCAUAGUUCCAUAGCAACUGAACUUUGUUGAAUGUGUGUUCAACUCAAUAAAAUCAAAUUCUGUGUGUAAAUACAA